AAAGAAAAGGGGAAAAAAAAGAGAAACAGAUUUGGCUAAAACAUUUUACUCUUUCAUUUGGUUUUACAGAUAUUUCAGCAUGUAUAACUACGACCCCAGUUAAAACAUAAUAUUUUUGUUGGCCAGCGAGAUACGAUCUCUGACGACACGGCCUGUCGACAGGCGGGAGGACGACACCGUUAGCAGAAAUGAAGCAACCAGGAAGUGUUUGUCACUGUAAUCACUGCGGGCUGCACCUAGCAUGAAACUCCUCGGUACCACUCUGGGAAAAGCCACCUCGAUCUUAACUGUCCUAAUUGUCGUCAUUGCACUGGUUUUGAAUUAUUUUGACGACCCCGUUCCGGCAAAAUAUACAAGCAUGGCAGAAGACAUGAAGACCAUGGAGGAGAACUUCAGGCACCAGAACAAAAGCUGCUUUGUUCUUGGAGCUUCUGGAGAAACAGGCAGGCUGUUGCUCAAAGAGCUGCUGGAGCGCAACCUGUUCUCCAAGAUAACCCUCAUUGGACGGAGGCAGCUGACCUUCGAAGGAGAAGCAAAUGAAAACCUGAUUCAAGAGGUGGUUGACUUUGAGAAGCUUGACGACUACGCCACCGUGUUCCAGGGCCACGAUGUGGGCUACUGCUGUCUGGGAACAACAAGAGCCAAGGCCGGGGCUGAUGGAUUCGUCAGAGUUGAUCAUGACUAUGUCCUGAAAACAGCUGAGCUGGCUAAAGCGGGUGGUUGCACACAGUUCCACCUGGAGUCCUCCCGAGGAGCUGAGAAAAACAGCAAAUUCCUCUACCUCCAAGUCAAGGGACAAGUGGAGGCUGACAUCGAGGCACUGGGUUUUGAUAGAUUCUCCAUUUACAGACCAGGGGUUUUGUUGGUGGACAGACAGGAGAGCCGACCGGGCGAGUGGCUAGCCAGGAAGUUUUUCAGCGCCCUCUCUGCAGUGGGUUCCACAUCCAUGGCCGUCCCCAUCCACAUGGUGGCUAAAGCAAUGGUGUCCAACACCCUGCUUCAGCCUGAGCAGAAGACUGAGAUCCUGGAGAACAGCUCCAUCGCCACUCUGGGGAAAAGUUUUUAAGGAGAUACUCAGAAGGCCACGUUCUGCAAUAGUGAAAAAAGUGACAUUUCCAUAUUUAUAUAUUCAGCAAUUUAUUUAAAAGACAGCUUCCUUUUAAAAAGGAAAAUGUGUUUAAUGUCUUUAGUUCUACAUGAUAUUGUAAUUUUUACAUCAGGGAAAUAUUGCCAAGCUUCUCACUUCGUGUGCUUCGUCACACUCAAGUGUUGCCUUAAAACGAAUGUCAGUUGUAUUCUAAAUGCAUUUCCUGGACUUUGUAAACUUGGUUAAAUUAUUUAAGUUUGUCAUUAAAUCAGAAAAAAACAAAUGUACAAAUUUAUGAA